UCUUCCUCGGCCAUUGCGCUUAAGCUUAUUUAAGAUACGAUCUAUACUUGAGUUCUUUUCCACCUUGCCGAGAACCGUCGCUAUCUGUCUUAUGGACCGGAGACUGAACUAGCGGUUAAGAAAGCACGGUUCACUUUUUUGUUGUGUGCCCAUUGCUACCGUGCCGGUAUCUUUAGGCGUCUUGGGUUCCACUGAGUCCUGACCCCUGGUAUUGUACAUGCGAUGUCGACAGGGUCCGAGACGGUCACCGUGCCGGCAACCCUUUCGCCGCCCAAUUUCUUCUCACCUGAUAAAUUUCCUGCCGCGCCUAGACAUAAUUCGCAAACUCAAAAUUUAGAAGAUAGGAGUUAUUCCAUGACAACAAACCCGACUACCAAAAUGAAUAUUCAAACUGGCAAUCGAGAUAGCGGCAGCAGCCAGCAACAAGACUCUCAAUCUGGUAGCACUAUUGCUCGGUCCAUGUCUCGCUACCGCAGACGAACAAGUAGCGUUACUGUCAACGCCAAUGCUACCCAGAAAAUUAAUUCCGAUCCACCACCCCCAUGGGAACCUCCGAAUCGACCCCCUGUGCCAACUAUACCAAGUCAGUUAAAGACCGCCAUCAUAACACAAAAAGAGAGUGAUGCCCCCGCCGCCUCGUCCAAUUCCUCUCCGCGAAGUCAACCGCGCCGUACCGACUCUACGCAAAGGCACACAUCUCGUCGAAGCAUGGCGGAAAACUACCAUCAGAACCGACCUAGCACAGCGAAAAGCACGAAGAGUGGAAAGAGUGAAGAGAGCACGUGGCGGAGGUUAGCUAGCCGAGAUGGGCGCCGUAAUAGGCUAAACAGUGACGAAGAUGACGAGGCGGCGAGGCGAGAAAUCGCUCGCGUGGAGGCCGAAAACAAUCGGUUGCUAAUCGAGCAGAAGAAGAAGGACCUCGCGAGGUUAGAAGUGGAGUUGGCGAAUACACAUAGGACAUCAACUCACUCGCAGCCAUUGAAGCCUAAGAGUCCCGUAAUUGAAAAGUUUGUUAUGUUGACUAAAGGACGGAGAAACAAGGAUGGUUUGUCGCCGGGACUAUCUCCCACGUCAUCGAAUAUAAGUAUCGAGCCCACGAAAGCCUCAUCGACCUAUAUAGAACCUGGCGGGCGAGGUAUCGUGCCUCAGACAGAUGCGCCGCACUCCGCGAUUAAUGCCGGGGACCGAAAUGUCGCGGUGCGCUAUAGGCAACAUACCCUGAGCUUGGAAAUAACGCCCGAGACGACAGCAGACGACAUAAUAAUAGAGACGUCUAAGAUGAUGGGCUCCAACGAUAUUAGUCCAGAGAAUUGCAUUGUGUCGGAAACAUACGGCGUAUUAGGUCUCGAGCGUCGUUUAAGGCGUUACGAAGCUAUCCGGGACGUCAUGAAUUCUUGGGAUCGCGAUACUCAAAAUCAAUUGAUAGUCAAGGUAUUGGAUUCCGAAGAAGAAGAUUGGGAUCUUGACAUCAAAUCAGUUCCAAACCGUCGCGAACCACCUCAAGGGAUUCAAUUGUAUAUGUAUCAUUCGAAUCGACCGGGAAAGUGGAAUAAGAGAUGGAUCACGCUUCUCGACAAUGGGCAGCUCCUCUCCGCGAAGAAGCCAAAUGCCAAUUCGACGGACAAGGAUACAACAGGUCUCUGUCAUUUAUCCGAUUAUGAUAUCUAUACGCCCACGGAGUCACAGAUGCGGAGAAAUAUCAAACCGCCGAAACGGUAUUGCUUUGCAGUAAAGAGUCAGCAGAAGACAACAGUAUUCAUGAAUACUGAGAAUUACGUUCAAUACUUUAGCACGGAGGACCCCAAGAUCGCCGCUCAGUUCAGAGAGAAGGUUCAGGGUUGGCGUAGUUGGUAUCUUGUGGAUCGCAGGCCUGUGGUUCCGAAAGCAUCAAGGAAAAUCUCAAUCAGGAAAACUGAUGACAAGCCGCCUCAAAUUUCACUACCCGCUAUUAGCCAGACGCCGAAGAAGUCGGAAAACGUUGCUUCGAUGAAUGGACAUCGCCUUCGAGUAUCAGUCGACGAAACACCGUAUUCAAUCGGCAAGUUUGAGCCACUGCUUGAUAUGAAGCGCUUCGAUAAGCGGUUGUCUCAAUUUGGACAAGAUUUCUUACCCCCAGUACCUAACAUAUCGACUAUGCCAAAGGAGAUCCCAGCGCAUCAUCUCCAUUUUACUCCCAAGGAAGAAAAGCGCGAGCGAAAGUUGAUAGAUCGCAUCCAUUCAGCUGCCGAUGACGGUUUCACCGGCAAUGGCUUGCUUGGUGAAGGAUAUGAAGAACGCAAACAAGCUCACACCGAGACAGAUAGACCAGAUCGAGGGCGACAAAGAUCUAGAGACGCUGGAUUUACCGAUGGACCUUCACUUCUGAAUAGAAAAUCCGAGCCGGAAACGCCGGGCCACAAACCCGAGUCUCCCUCCUGGUUCCCUUCAGCUCUUGAACACUCUGCUAGAAAACGCAGUGUUGGUCCUCCCUCAAACCGCCCCAGUACCUCUGCAGGUGUUAUGCACCAUACACACUCGCAUGCGCGCAGACCAUCGCUUAACUCAUCAUCCCGCCCGCCUCUUCCUCUAAAUGGCAAACCUCUACUACACGAACAUCCGAAUCCGCUCUCUUCACAACCAAUCGGAAUGUCGCAUUCGAACCGUCGCGAAAAGCCGAAACCCCUCGUUAACCUCGAACCAACCUUCAAAGAAGCACCGCAAUGGGCCAAAGGGAAGCAAGGCCACGGUGUCAAAGCACCAGAGGGUACGACCCACCUAGUUGAUCUCAUCAUUCCGAACGAACCAACCGACGCCGAGCCGGACCUACCAGCUCGAAGCGCCCUCCGUCGCCCUCCCAAUACCGCACCUCUUCCGAGUCUCUCCCGAACACGGAGUAAAACCCAGGGAGCUCCUGCCCCAAGAUUAUCGGCUGUAGAGGGUGUACCACCCGUUCCGUCUUUACCUGGAAAUAUGGGAAGCCGAGAGCCACUCAAGUCUCACCCACCCCCGCGAAGCAGGGAGCGGGAACGGGAAAGGCCAAGAGAGAAAGACCGCGACUACAAUGCGUAUAAUUCCGUGCCCGGCAGAGCGGGUACGCUGAAAGUUGUAUAAGUUGCUAGGUGCCUACUAAGCAUUUAAUCAUUAAUGCUGUUUGAAACUUCACUCACUUAUUUAUUUUGUUAUUGGGAGGACCUAUCAUCUAUAUAUUUAAUAUCUUUACUUACACCUAUACCAACACCAUAUCUGGAAAGCAGCGGAGUUCUGGGAAUGCGGACGCAUAGUCGACGAGACCGAGCGAGCGAACACGAUAUUCAUACCACGGAAUGUGAGAGGCGCAUGUUCUUUUGGCCGAUGCUUUUAGGCGGACGGGAGCGUACGGAGUCCUGUGUAUCAUGGGAUAUGGACGUCUGCAUAUUAACUAGUAUGUUUUUUUGGCAUGAUGUGUAUUUGUCGGGACGAUGGAUGUCUUGACUGCGCUAUUAUACGGCCGAUGGGCUGAGAUAUAUAUACCAACCUACUACCUACUUACCAAGGUAUUUACUUUACCUUAGGUGUAAUAAUAAUAUUGAAUUAAGAAUACAUGAUA